CUGGUAACCCGGAUGGAGGCGACGUCAGCUCUUCCAGUUUCUCUACAGACAGCGUGGAAAGAUGGUGCUCGAUUUGGACCUGUUUCGGACCGAUAAAGGCGGCGACCCAGAAAUCGUCCGUGAGACUCAAAGGAAGAGGUUUAAGGAUGUAACCCUUGUUGAUAAACUUGUUGCUGCAGAUACAGAGUGGAGAAAAUGCCGCUUCACUGCAGACAACCUCAACAAAGUAAAGAACCUAUGCAGCAAGAGCAUUGGAGAGAAAAUGAAGAAAAAGGAACCAGUUGGGGAUGAUGAGUCUGUACCUGAAGAAGCACAGAACCUGGAGGCCCUCACAGCUGAAUCGUUAUCGGCCCUGACAGUAACCCAGAUCAAGAAGGUGCGUUUACUGGUGGACGAGGCACUGGAGAAAACUGAAAGCGAAAGGAUAAAGCUGGAGGCAGAGCGUUUUGAGUACCUGAGGGAAAUUGGCAACCUUCUGCACCCAUCUGUACCCAUCAGCAAUGAUGAGGAUGUAGACAACAAGGUGGAGCGUACCUGGGGUGACUGCACCGUCGAAAAGAAGUAUUCCCACGUUGACCUAGUGGUCAUGAUCGAUGGCUUUGAUGGAGAAAGGGGUGCAGUUGUGGCUGGGAGCAGAGGUUACUUUUUGAAGGGCCCGCUGGUGUUCCUGGAGCAGGCGCUGAUCAAUUAUGCUUUAAGGAUCCUCCAUAGCAAGAAUUACACCAUGCUCUACACACCCUUCUUCAUGAGGAAAGAGGUCAUGCAGGAAGUCGCUCAGCUCAGCCAGUUUGAUGAAGAGCUAUACAAGGUGAUUGGUAAGGGGACUGAGAAGUCAGAUGAUAACUCCAUAGAUGAGAAGUACCUCAUCGCCACCUCUGAGCAGCCCAUCGCCGCCUUCCUGAGGGAAGAGUGGCUCAAACCUGAGGACCUGCCCAUCCGCUAUGCAGGCUUCUCCACCUGCUUCAGACAGGAAGUGGGUUCCCAUGGCCGAGACACCCGUGGGAUCUUCAGGGUUCACCAGUUUGAGAAGAUUGAGCAGUUUGUCUAUGCCUCACCACAUGAUGGAAAAUCUUGGGAGAUGUUUGAUGAGAUGAUAGGGACAGCAGAAGAGUUCUACCAGUCACUAGGAAUUCCUUAUCGCAUUGUCAACAUUGUCUCUGGUGCCCUGAAUUAUGCAGCCAGUAAAAAGCUGGACCUGGAGGCCUGGUUCCCUGGCUCUGGUGCUUUCCGAGAGCUGGUCUCCUGUUCAAACUGCACUGACUACCAGGCCAGACGCCUCAAAAUCCGCUACGGACAGACCAAAAAGAUGAUGGACAAGGCAGAGUUUGUGCACAUGUUGAACGCCACCAUGUGCGCCACCACACGUGUGAUGUGUGCCAUCCUGGAGAAUUACCAAACCGAAGAAGGCAUCAUUAUUCCAGAGAAACUCAGGGAGUUCAUGCCUCCUGGUUUGACUGAGAUGAUAAAGUUCGUCAAGCCUGCUCCUAUUGAUCAGGAGAUAGCUAAGAAAUCAAAGAAACAGCAGGGAGGAGGCAAGAAGAAAAAGCAGGGAGGAGACCAGAACUUGCCUAACGCCGUGGAGACCAUGUCCAUCAACGACUCAUAGACUCCAGCACAUGACAGCAGAGUCGCUUUACCCACCUCCCAGAUAGAAACUGAUGGGGUAGAGCCUCAUGUUUUUAUAAUAUUCUAGAGUAAGUGGUGCCAUUUCUCCCACACUUGAAUGGUUACGUUAGAAACUGGGGAAAAGAACGUCUCAAUUCGGCACUGAAUGUUUUGUGUCCUUAAAGCGAAGGCUCGGCUCUGUCCUAUCUGUGUCUAUCUGAAUGGAUGGUGUCAUUCAUCCCAGCUUUUCGUCCCCUCAUUCGCAUAAAGCAUAUGGAAAAAGGGAUUUCUCUGUGCUCUCAGCCAUCCACUGACCAUCUGUACAUCUGCAGCAACACUGAGCCUAAAAUGAACAGAAAAGACUGCUUAAGCUGUCUGAGGGACCCGGUUUGUUCAUGUAGUCAGAAUCAGCUGCCGCACUAGUUUCUGUGACUGGUGUGUAGUGCAGCUGAACCACUGGUUGUAGGCGGGCACAUGUUGUUUUAAGAUCUAUACUCAGCAUUGAAAAUUGCAGUUUGCAAAUGUUUGGAGUUUUGUAUCAUCAGUUAAUGUCUGAGAGCUUCAUUUUUUGGUUCUUUGCAGAGAGCAAAACCUGUAUCUCUGAUUAUUUCACAUCUCCCGUGGGUUUAAAGUUAUUAGUGAAAUGUAAAAAUCUACCUGGUGAAAAUGAUCAGCUGUUUUAACUCUGUUUCAGGGUUCUCUUCAUGUCUUUGAUCACAAUCAUUUUUGACCAUUGUUGAUUGAAAUCAUUGUCGACCGCAACUCUGUUCAUUAGUUUAUAAUUGAGACAUUCACAUUGUAUGCACUUGGCUAAUAUAAAGAUAUAUAUGUGUAUAUGACGGCGUUGAUGAAAUGCAACUCACUGAACAAAUAAAUACAGUUAACA